AUGAUCAGGACUGUGUCUUCCAAAUGCCUGAAAUGCCCUACUUUCCACGCAGGAAAAUGCGCAGGAACAGCUAAGCGUCUCAUGGCGACUGAAACGUCGGAAAUCACUCGAAAGGACAAAGAGGAGGGAGAUAUUUCUUCUGUAUUUUCGACUUUCUCCGGGAGAAAGAGCCCGCCACUGCCUGAGCGUUUCCGGGACCUAAAGCGUAACUUGACUGCCGGGUUUGAAGAGCAGAUCCAAAAGUCGUGGGAUGAGCUUGUUGAGAUUCUGAAAGUUCGGACUGAGGAGGUCGCCACCAAACGAGAAGCAAUCAUUCCUCAAAUACAGUUUUCUGACAUUCAAGCCGGAAAUGUAUCCCCAGCAAAUGUUGCUGCCAUCAGAAGCACUGGUGCUGCCGUCAUCAGAGGUGUUGUGGACAAGGAUGUCACCGAAGGGCUCCUCUCAGACGCUCGUCAAUACCUGACGUCUCGACCUUUCAAAGGCUUCCCGUCUACUUCAGAGACAAAGGUUAUCUACGAAUCGUAUUGGAGUCCUUCACAAGUGAGAGCCAGAUCGCAUCCUAAUCUUCUUGCCACACAAUCGUGGAUGAACCAGCUCUAUACUGCCGAUGCAAAUCAAAAGGUCGAUCUUACCGUCCCCCUCACUUACUGCGAUCGACUCCAAAUUCGCCCACCUGGCGAUAAGCUCUUUGCACUCCCGCCUCACGUCGAUGGCGGAGGGGUGGAAAGGUGGGAGGACCGCGCUUACAAUCAUACAUACCGCAAGAUCUUUCAAGGAAAGUGGCAAGAGUACAACCCAUGGGAUCUCACUGGUCGCCUUGAUGCCAACAUGAACAUGUAUGACGGACCAGGAGGAUGCUCGGUCUUCCGAAGCUUCCAAGGCUGGCUGGGGUUGUCCCGCCAUGGACCCCAGCAAGGUACUCUUGUUGUUCACCCGAUUUUGCAACCCGCCACUGCUUAUUGGAUGCUUCGGCCCUUUUUCAAGCCCACUCGGAAAGACUCUUUAGAUGGAUGGAAGUUCUCCCUUGAUGAUGAUGAGGGCAACGUUUACUUGCAUGGCGCCAAUCCGGGAACUGCUCAAGAGCACACCCCGGCCCAUCACCCUCAUUUGAGACUCAGCGAAACCAUGGUUCCCUAUCCCACCGUCGAGCCAGGUGAUACUGUGUUCUGGAGUGCGGAUACCAUCCACGGUACGGAGAUGGACAACACAGGAGACAUUGAUGCCUGUGUGUUUUACAUUCCAUCGGUUCCAUUGACCCCUAGCAAUGCGCAAUAUGUCGCGCAACAACGCGAGGCUUUUUCAAAGGGAGUUCCUCCACCAGACUUCCCAGGUGGUGUUGGAGAGUCGGAGUAUUCAGAUAGAGCGACAGCUGAAGACAUUCAAUCCGAAGCGGGCAGGGUUGCUAUGGGCCUAAGCCCUAUCAAACUACCUGGCAAGGACGAAAGAUCGAGGAAGCUUGAAAAGGAACUUAAUACAAUUCUCGGCUGCUAA